AAUUUAGAAAUUAGUUCAGUUUAAUUUCAACAUUCGAGACGUUGUUGAGAAAUAGUACAGAGAAAGUGGAAAAAUGUUGAAAAAGGCGAUAAUUUUGCUGUUAAUUUCUUGCAUUUUAUUGCAGUUGGUUUCAACAACGCCCAGAAGAUCGAGAGACGAGAGUGGCGAAAGCGGUGAUAGUAGCAGCUCAUCCUCCUCCUCCGAAGAGUCCUCUGAACACCACAGACUACACAAACGAUCGGCCAGCGAUGAAAGCUCCAGUUCCAGCUCCAGCUCUAGCUCUAGUGAAUCCUCCGAGGAACAUGUCACGCGCGACAUAUUGUUGAGUGAAUUUUUGAAAAGUUACACGAAAUUUGUCAAAUCCGCAACAAAAGAACUAAAAUCGGUGGCUAAAAAGUUCCUUAAAAACAGACUAGUCUCAAGAGUGGAUGCUAAAUAUGUGGAUGAAGUCAAGCUGAGUUUCACAAAGUUCAUAGAAGCGGAUACUACGUAUGGUAAAAAAACCGCCGGGGACAUUUAUUCGAUUGCAGAGUACUUUACUACCAGCUUGGACACAAUAACCGAUUUCCUUAAGGUGUUGAGCCAAUAUAGUCCACAAGUGUUGAAAGAACCCAAUGCCACAGAAGUACUAAUUCAAGAGGCUCUCGCGGAAUCAGGCGUGGAUGACUUGAUGAAAGAAAUACUAAGUAUAUUUGAAGAUUUCUAUAAAUCGUUUGGAGAUAAAGUGCGUCAUUACAAGGCGCACCUAUCAGCGGUAGAGAGGACAAAUGAAAGGCAAUUGAUCGACUGGUACGAUCAGUAUAAAGAAGCAAAGGGCAUCGAGGUCCAAAUAAAAGUACUUCGCCGCUUCUUCUCAAUCUAUGAAACGAAUGAUGUUUAGUUUAGAAUGUGAAAUUGAAAUAAAUUUUUGUGUGAUAUCAAUAUUUUGA